GAGAAGUGGGGAUUGGAUUGCCGCGGAAUUAUCUCCGUCGCUGUCGCCACCGGCCGUGGGGAAGCAGCGCGCGGCGCGGCGCGGGGGGGAGAGUCUCCUCCGCCACCGCCAGCGUGGGCAGUGGGACUACCUCCUUGCCCCGCUACGCGACGCGGCGACGUCGCCGUCGGCGUCGUCACCCCUCCGCACGGUGCACUGAACGUGGCGCCUCCACUUGGCGCGCGACGCGACGCGACGCGGCCCGCCUUCUUCUUCUCUACUGCUACUUAACCACCAGCCGCGCGCGAAGUGCGGCGAGCGCGCAAUCGAGGUCGAACACUUGGCCGGCAUGAAGCCCAGGCCUACCGGAUUCGGGGCCGCGGCGGCGGCGGCGGCGGAAGUUUUGGUGGGGGGCGGAUGCGGUGGAUGGGCGUGGAGGCCGAGGCCGAGGCCGGCGACGGUGGCCUCCACCGCGGCGAUGUCGGUGAGGGGGCCUGGUACUACCCAGGCGGCCGCGGCGGCAAGCGCCGUGCACUCGGAGCGCCACCGCGGCGGGGUGCACGGGCUGCAGCUCCCUCCGCUGCGGCUGCAGUUCACCGCCGACCUGGAGGCGCGGAUCGAGAAGGUGAUCUACGCCUGCCGCUUCAUGACCUUCCUCGCCAUCGCCGGCUCGCUCAUCGGCUCCGUCCCCUGCUUCCUCAAGGGCUGCGUCUAUGUGAUGGAUGCCUUCAUCGAGUACUACCUGCACGGUGGCGGCAAGGUCACCCUGAUGCUAGUUGAAGCCAUUGAUAUGUUUCUGGUUGGAACGGUCAUGUUUGUCUUCGGGACAGGGCUAUACGAGCUGUUCAUCAGUAACAUGGACAUUGCAAAGUCAUCAUCCUAUGGCUCUAACCUCUUUGGCUUGUUCAGGCUCCCGGAACGGCCUGAGUGGCUCGAAAUCCAGUCAGUGAAUGAUCUCAAGACUAAGCUGGGGCAUGUCAUCGUCAUGGUUCUACUGGUUGGCAUCUUUGAGAAGAGCAAGAGGGUGACCAUCACAUCAUGUACUGACCUCUUCUGCUUUGCAGCAUCGAUUUUCCUCUCUUCAGCUUGCCUCUACCUGCUCUCCAGGCUCAGUAGCAAGUAGAAAAAUAGGAGGUAGCGACACCUGAAUGGCUGGAGCACAAACAGGUCUUGUACAUAUGACAUAGGCCUGUUGUGUUUCCUAUGCCGUGCAACACCUCAUGUUAUGUUUACAUAAUGUAAAAUUAGAGGGGAGUUUGCACAUCUCACGUACUCUUUGUAUGGAAUGGAAACUACUUUGUAUAGUGGAGCCAUAAGACAUUAUUGUCACCAUCACUGUGUACCACCUGGUACUGCAACUCACUGCUUCGAUGAUAAAUAUAAAUAGUUACUGCUAUGGCAUGUUAUGAAUUGAUUA